AUGAGUGUCGUGCCAUCAACUGGUCUUCUUCGAAAACUCUACCAGGAUGGUGCUCAAAAUAUCGAGUCUCAGCCCUCCCCAUUCUGGCAAACUUGGUUGCGAAGAGCGUUUCAUGAAGAGAAUUACACGGUCACGUGUGGCAUGCCUCGAGACGAAUCCCUCACAAGGGUCGAGACGGAGGUGCAUAGAUACGAUGAAAGCGAUGAUACUUUGUCGACUGUGCUCUGCAUUGAGCUUAGAAUAUUCUCUGCCAGUGUUAGGCAAGUCGAGUCUCAAGCGCUAGAUGCGGCCAGACGAUGCAUCAGAGCAAACAAUCUGAGAUCUGUAAAUGUCAUGACAACAGUUGGCGCAUCUUUCCGCUGUUGGACUGUCUACAACACCGAAACUCCAUCGCUCGUAUCAUUCAACGGUGGUUCUGCUGAUGCAAACCAGGACCAAUACAUUGAUGCGGACUCUUAUGAGGCCGAAGCGCUGACAAGAUUUGUUGACACCGUCAAGAACCAUCCUCCGCUCUGCAAUACACCUGUUCCGAGUUAA